AAAUAGUUUUCUUACAUAAGUCUUAAAUCAUGAAUUUAAGCUAUGUGCAGAUUUUAGCUACGGACAUCUUAUGACCAUCACCGGUUGGUAAAAGUAAUGGAAUUUUAAAAGACAGGUAUUUCAGAUACAUAGUUUUAUCAGAAAACAAGGACCGGAUACAACGCGGAGGGAAGGUUGUGCGCGAGGACUGAGGGCCGGGCGGGCCUCCCCGCCCCCCAGGCCUGGGCACGUGCUGCCACGCGAGCCCCGUGCCCACCGUCCCAGAGCCCGAGCUGGCUCUCCUAACUCGGGUGAAUGCCCGUCUGGACAAUGGAAGCCCUAAAAACAGGGGGUGGUGAGAUUAGAUGAUUUCCCCUUCAAGUAGUGACUCCCCACUGCUAAAGACCCCACAUCCACACCCUUGCUUCUCGCCUGCCCAUGGGAACGUCGUGGAAGAGAAGCCGACCCAGAGAUGCCGCGUGGGGGCGGGGCGGGCGGCCGGAAGUCCCGCCCUGCGGAAGUGCGUGUGGCCGGGUCGGCGGGAAAACGGGUCAGGUGGCGUCGUCGUAGGAAGGCAGCAAGGGAGAAAGCGGGGGAGUUCAAGCGCUGUGACUUGAGGGGGCUGGGGAACGCUCUCGGAGGAGCCUGAGGGGCCGCUGCGGAAGGAGUUCUUCCAGCCCUUUAGAUGAAAUAUAAGGAGAAAGAAUACAGACAAGCAUGGAAAGUGAGGACACAAAGAAAAUACAAGAAAUGAAGACUGACCUGAACUUAUUAUUGGAGUGUCUAAAGUAUCAAAUGGACAACCCUUUUUCACAAAAGGAAGCUUUGGUCACUAUUCAUUCAAUUUGUCACCAGAACAGUAAUGCAGGUGUUUAUUUUAGGGAAAUUGGUGGUUUGACAUUUGUAAAAGAUCUUGCAAAGUCAAGUGAACAUAACGUCGUAAAAGAAGCAGCCUUGUAUACAUUAGGAACUGUUGCAGAACAAAAUGUUUACUGUCAGCAGACUUUGUGCACUUCAGAAUUGUUUGAAGACUUAGCUUGGUUCUUAUCUGAUAAUGAUUCAAACACAAAUUUGAAAAGAAUGUCUGUUUAUGUUAUUUUGGUUCUAGUUUCAAAUAAUAGGACUGGACAAACGCUUGUGCGAGAAACAGGUUGUAUAACAAUUCUGUCACAGUUGUUCAGGACAGCUCUUUCAAAAUAUGAAUUGAAUUUGUCAGAUGAAAAUGUUUUCCAGAGUUAUCAGUUGUGGUCUUCAGUGUGUAGUACUCUAUGUGUCUGUGUCAACAAUCCUCAAAAUGAUGAGAAUCAAAUGCUUUGCUGUUCACUUUUCCCACAUGCUAAUGACUGGCUAAUCAAUUGCAUGAAACCUGAGAUAAUUCGCCCUAUUUGCUCAUUUAUUGGACUUACUCUUGCAAAUAACACAUAUGUUCAGAAACACUUUAUAUCUGUGGGUGGACUGGAUGUAUUGUCUCAAGUUCUUGUGCAACUGGAAUCUGAUUCACACAAGACUCUUUCCAGUGCUAAGCUUGCAGUGGUGGUGACAAAGACAGUGGAUGCGUGCAUUGCUGAUAAUCCUACUUUUGGGGUAGUACUAGCCAAAUACCACAUUGUUUCAAAACUUCUAGCAUUACUGCUUCAUGAAAGUCUGGAUUCAGGAGAAAAAUUUAGCAUCAUGCUUACUCUUGGUCAUUGCACAGAGGAUUGUGAGGAAAAUCAGUAUGACCUUUUUAAAAACAAUGGGCUUCCGCUCAUGAUACAAGCCUUAACUGAAUCUCAGAAUGAGGAACUAAACAAAGCUGCCACUUUUGUGCUUCACAACUGCAAGAAAAUUACUGAGAAAUUAUCUCUAAGUCUAGGAGAACAUUCUUUUGAUGAAAAUGAAGCAGAACAAUUUGAAGACAUAAAUGUGAAAGAGAAGAAUCUUGAAGAGCGUUGGAAGAAAGCAAAGGAAAUUCUACACAGAAUAGAAGAGCUUGAAAGAGAAGGAAAUGAGGAAGAAAUACGAAGAGAAAAAUAUAAGGAUCAUGUUUCAUCUAUGAACAUAAAUAUUCAAAAUACAUUGAAAUACCUCCAUGCUGAGAGUAUUGGUGGAGGUCCCAAAGCAGAUAAGGAUAAGAGCCAGUCUAGAAAGCUUAAGAGUUAUAAAUCCCAUGGAGUCAUGUCUCAAGCGUGUACAAAUGAUGACCAAAUGAAGACCUUGUUAAAGAGUACAAAUCCAGUUAAUGCUUGUUAUAGGGAGAGUGGGAAAAAUAAGACUUUAUGUAAAGCCAAUUCAAGCUGCAGUCAAAACUUACAUGAAGAAACAACUUUUGAAAAAAAGAAUUUUGUUUCUCAAUCAAGCGACCAUGUUUUUAAACAUCCAACUCCCAUUGUCAAAAAUAGAAAGCAGCAGUUACCAGUAACAGAUCCAUUUACAUUAUGUUCCGAUAUAAUAAAUAAAGAAGUUAUCAGUUUUCUAGCAACCAACAGUUGUUCCAAAAUGUUAAAGUAUAGAUGCUCAGGUUGCAUAGCAGUAGGAAAAUCUCUGAAUAGCCGAAAUUUUAGCAAGCUCUUGCACUCUUGCCCAUACCAAUGUGAUCGUCACAAAGUCAUUGUGGAAGCUGAAGACAGAUAUAAAAGUGAACUAAGGAAAUCACUUAUCUGUAACAAAAAAAUUCUGCUGACCCCACGUAGAAGACGACAACUCAGUAACGAAUCUACUACCCUUGGAGGAAUAAAAAAAAGAAGAAUUCGUAAAAACUUUACCAAAGAAGAAGUAAAUUACCUUUUCAGUGGAGUUAAGAAAAUGGGAAAUCACUGGAAUUUAAUUUUGUGGUCUUUCCCCUUUCAGCAAGGACGGAAGGCUGUGGACCUUGCUCACAAGUACCAUAAACUGACCAAAGGCCCCAAGUGUGCAGCUUCUUGAUUGGAAGACUUGUUGGUUUUUAGUUUGAACUCUUAAGAUACAAUGCCUUGAAUAUACAAAAUUUAAAAUAUUCUUCUAAACUCUCAUGAGAUAGAGAAUGUGGAAGCAGAGAUACUGUUUUAAUUAACUACUUUUGUGAUGCUGUAGCUCAUCAAAUUAUUAAAAUAAUUUAUAAGACAAAUUUUCAAUGUGUAGAUUAGUAAGACAAAAUUCCUUUAUAAAGUAAAACAUUUGUUUAGGAACAUACUUUUCUUUAAGCUCAAAGAAUAUAGGUAAGAGAAAAAAAAUUAUCAGCCUUUAAACAUUAUUUGACAUUAUAUUGCAAUGAAUACUAUGUGAGACAUUUGGAUUUUAGUAUCUUACCCAGUGAAAGUCCUUCACUGGAAAGACAGAAUAGUUUCCCAAGCUGUUCAAGGGAGGUUUGCACAUACUAAAUCAAUGUUUGAAAUUUUGUUAAUUAAAAUGUUUCCUCUUA